UUCUGUUGUCUUUAUCAGAGAGAGAGAGAGAGAGAGAGAGAGAGAGACCCUUAUCUUGUUAGUGGAUACUGCUGCCUCAGCUUGGAUUCUUUAAUCCCAACAUCACAUAACUCUCUUGCUUCAACUCCUCCCAGUUGCUUCUCAAUCCAGUUAUUUAGCUUCCAAGAGCUUGAAAUUCCUAAAGGAAAAUGGCCAACUCACUCUGUUUCACACCCCUUACCUCCAUCAAAAUCCCUUCCCAACCAGGGCUUAUUGCUGGCAAUUCUACUGCUCGAAAGGUUAUUUGGAUCAAUGAUACAACUCGGAACUGUAAAACUGUAAAGUUGCAAUCUGUUCAGGCUAAGGCUGCAGAUGGCGACAAAAGCACUACCAAGACGAAUAGCAUAGUUUGUGCUGAUUGCGAUGGAAAUGGUGCUCUACUGUGUCCAGAAUGUCAAGGUGCUGGACUCAAUCCCGAAGAUAAACGUAAUGGACAAUUUAAAGCUGGCGGACUAUGCUGGCUGUGCAGAGGCAAGCGAGACAUUUUGUGCGGGAAUUGUAAUGGAGCUGGCUUUAUGGGUGGAUUCAUGAGCACCUUCGACAGUUAGGAUAUCAGAAGUUCUUAGGAUGUGGCUGUUCGUCGACUUGUACUGUAACUUAAGACGAAUUUGUUGGACAAUUUUCCCUCUGUUUGUUUGUAUAUUUCUGGUGGCAAUGCCAUGCAUCAGCUUAGCAUCCAAAAAUUGCUUAGAUACUUCUGAUUGGUUAUGGAGAUUCGAAUAAACCAAUCCGAAAAUUGUUGUUUUGGUUC